GCUGACACUGACAUUUGUUUUUGUAUACAAUUUUGUGUUUUUCCAUUGUAUUUGUAUUAGUUAAUAUUUAAUUUACUUCACUUCACUACCAUUUAUGGACUAUUAGAAUGUUAACAUGUUUUCACUUUCAGUGAAUUAUUUUACUGUAGUUUGAUGCAAGUGUGAUUUGGUUAUUGGUCUGACCAGUUUAACCUAAGGUUCAGUGGAGAAGAUCCUCAGUCAAAGACCAGCAGUAGACCACCAUCAUGCUCGGCGGCAGCGUGCUCUGGUUCCGGCACGGGCUGCGCCUGCACGACAACCCGGCGCUGCUGUCCGCCAUAGAGGACAGGGGGCAGACCUUCUUCCCGCUCUUCAUAUUUGAUGGGGAGACUGCAGGUACAAAGAUAGUCGGCUACAACCGUAUGCGGUACCUGCUGGAGUCUCUGGACGACCUCGACAGCCAGUUCAAGAAGCACGGCGGCCGCCUGCUCAUGGUGAAGGGACAGCCCAGCACCAUCAUCAGACGCCUUUGGGAGGAGUUUGGCAUCCGCAAGCUCUGCUUCGAGCAGGACUGCGAGCCAGUGUGGCGCGAGCGGGACGACAGCGUGCGCCGCGAGUGCUCACAGACCGGCAUCAAAUGCGUGCAGCACGUGUCCCACACGCUGUGGGAGCCCGACCAGGUCAUCCGAGCCAACGGGGGCAUCCCGCCGCUGACGUACCAGAUGUUUCUGCACACCGUGGGCACGAUGGGCGAGCCGCCGCGGCCGGUGGAGGACGCAGACUUCACGGGCAUCACGUUCGGGACCCUGCCCGACUGUUUCUACCAAGAGUUCACCGUCUAUGAUAAGACGCCGAAGCCAGAAGACCUGGGCGUGUUCCUAGAGAACGAGGACAUCCGCAUGAUCCGAUGGGUGGGCGGCGAGUCACAGGCGCUGCUGCAGGCUACUCAGAGACUGCAAGUCGAGUAUGAGACCUUUAGCAGGGGAUCCUACUUGCCGACUCACGGCAGCCCGGACCUGCUGGGCCCGCCCAUCUCGCUGAGCCCAGCGCUGCGCUUCGGAUGCCUCUCUGUUAGACGGUUCUACUGGUCCCUCCAAGAAGUGUUCCGUCGCGUGCACCGCGGCCGCCUGCCCGCCGCCCACUUCAUCUCGGGGCAGCUGAUCUGGCGCGAGUACUUCUACACCAUGAGCGUGAACAACCCGCAGUACGGGCAGAUGGAGGCCAACCCCAUCUGCCUGGACAUACCGUGGCGCCAGCCCCGGGGAGAUGAGCUGGAGAGAUGGAAGUCCGGUCGCACCGGCUUCCCGUUCAUAGACGCGGCCAUGCGCCAGCUGCUGACGGAGGGCUGGCUGCACCACGCGGUGCGCAACACAGUCGCGUCGUUCCUCACGCGCGGCACGCUGUGGCUGUCCUGGGAGCACGGGCUGCACCACUUCCUCAAGUACCUGCUGGACGCUGAUUGGUCAGUAUGCGCCGGCAACUGGAUGUGGGUAUCGUCUUCCGCCUUCGAAGCCCUCCUUGACUCGGGCGAGUGUGCGGACCCGGUGCGCCUCGGGCAGCGGCUCGACCCGAGCGGGGAAUAUGUGCGGCGGUACGUGCCCGAGCUGAGCCAGAUGCCGCGCAACUAUGUCUACGAGCCAUGGAAGGCGCCUCUAGAAGUGCAAGAGCGGGCCAACUGCGUGAUCGGGCGGGACUACCCGGCGCCCAUCGUCAACCACCUCGCGGCCGCCGCCUCUAACCGCGCCGCUAUGCAGGAGCUCCGCCUGCUGCUACAGAAGGCCCCCCCGCACUGCUGCCCGUCCAGCGACGACGAGAUCCGCCAGUUCAUGUGGCUGCACGGCGAGACCAACCAGCCUGAUGAGGUGCACUCUGGGAUUUAGGUGUGAGAUGAGGGUAGGAGUGGGAGUAGCGCGCGUAGGGUG